UAAGUAAGGACCAAGGUGGUUCCGCAGCGGAGAUACUUAACAACCCAAUCACUGAGCCGACAUUACAACGUGGGGAAUACUGAUCGCAUCGCAGCGAGUAUCAAACCCAAGAUCAUUCAAAUCCAUGCUUUCUUCCCUCUUCUUCUUCCUCCUGCUAACAUUCUAGGCCUAACUGGAUACGACAGAAGUGGACAGAUUGUAAGAAGCCAUGGCUGUUCCAACCGACGGCGCCUCCGGAUCCAACGAUGCCGUUCCAGCUUCCUCAGGGAUGAAGAAGCUUCGAUUUCUUGUCAUCGGUGCUGGAUCUCGUGGAAAUGCAUACGGUCGAGCUGUGACCGUCGCGACGCGGGGCGUCAUCCACGCCGUUGCUGAACCACAUGCAUUCAAGCGGCGGGAGUUCGGGAAGAACUAUAUCUGGGGAUCUGGAGGCGAGGCCUCAGAGGGCCAAGAAUUCGCUGAUUGGAAGGACUGGCUGAGAUGGGAGACCGAAAGAAGACAGAAAAAAGCUGCUGGGCAAGAUGUCCCAGAAGGCAUCGAUGGGGUUUUCGUAUGCACGCUCGAUGAGAUGCAUGUUGAGAUAUUAGAGGCUAUUGCGCCUCUGAAUCUACAUAUCCUCUCUGAGAAGCCUCUGGCAACAUCGCUUGAUGAUUGUCUGUCCAUCUACAAUGCCCUUCGCACUGGUUCGCCGUCGAAGAUCUUCUCCAUUGGACAUGUUUUGCGGUAUAGCCCGCACAACAUACUUCUUAGAGAUAUCAUCCUGACGGAUAAAGUCAUCGGAGAUGUUGUCUCUCUCGAGCACUGCGAACCUGUCGGCUGGUGGCAUUUCUCUCAUAGUUACGUGCGUGGUAAUUGGCGCCGCGGAACACCCAACGGGGAUGGUUCCCUUCUUACAAAGUCAUGUCACGAUAUUGACUUCAUUCUAUGGCUUCUGUGUUCGCCCCCACCGGGCUCAGCGGUGAACCAUCCUCCUCAUGAACCUCGAUCCAUCUCUUCUAUGGGCGCUUUGACGCAGUUCCGUCCCCAGCGGAAGCCCGCUGCUGCAGGGACGGCGACGAACUGUCUCUCGUGUCCUGCUGAGCGGGUUUGCAACUACAGUGCUCUCAAGAUCUACCGCGAUAUGCACCUGGCCAAAGGGCAUACCGAUUGGCCGGUCAGCAUUGUGUGUCCAGACAUUGAAGACACGCUGACCACGUCCGGCGCUGCGGCAGCGGAGGAUCUGCUCCUCAGCCAUCUCCGCCAGGAUUAUGACCGAGCCAAAAUGUCUGACGAAAGCAUAGCCUCCCGGACCUGGUAUGGCCGCUGUGUAUAUGAAGCGGACAAUAAUGUUUGCGAUGACCAGGUAGUUACCAUCUCCUGGGACGACGACACAGUACAUAAGCGCCCAUCAAAGACUGCAAGCUUCCAUAUGAUCGCUCCGACGGAGAAGCAAUGUGAGCGUCGUGGCCGUGUCUACGGCACUCACGGUGAAGUAUCUUACGACAGCCGCACAAUCACCAUAUACAGCUUCGCCACGCGCUCGACCACGGUGAUCGAAGUCCCGCGCCAACCGCCUGAGGAGGAGAAGGCACAUGGAGGCGGAGACUACGGUCUGACGCGGGCGUUCGUGGCAGCUGUGGAUGCUGUUGAAAAUGGCGGAAUGGAAGUUUCUGAAGCCCAGAUGAAAUUUGUCGGCUGUAGCUUAGAAGAAGCCGUCCGCAGUCACGCAGUAGUAUUCGCUGCUGAAGAGGCCAGGCGGGAAGAGAAGGUUGUAAAGUGGAAAGACUGGUGGGAGCAGAAAUUGGCAACUGUGGGCACUAUUUGAUGUUCACCAAGGUUCUUCAUGACCACGUUACGAUUUGACGAUCUGGACAUUAUUAUUAUAAUACUUCUUUAGCAAGAACUUAUAUUAAUCAACACUGUUAUGUGGCGCUACAAUAGCCGUUCGACUACGAUGAUAGAACUUCAUAUAGUUGACUGGUUAUUAUUUGGAAAGCACAUGUGCUUGGUUCGGAAUAGCCUCG